GUGCAGUUAGUUCUAUCUACAUACAUAUAUCUUUUCAACCAGCAUCCAAGUCGAAAUCGAAAUUCAAUGAAGUUGUUCGUUUUACUUUUUGCUAUCGUGGCAGUAGCGUACGCUCGCCCACAAGGAUAUGGCGGUGCCGCCGAUGCUAAUGCUGGAGCUACUGCCAAUGCCGAAGGCGGUCAAUAUGGUCAACCUGGUCGUGGUCCCGGAGGACCUGGCUUUAUAGGAGGCGGAUACGGAGGAGAUGGCGGACACGGAGGUCAUGGCGGACGUGGCGGUCAUGGCGGACACGGCGGUCAUGGCGGUCACGGCGGCUCGGGCUUCCCCGGCAGGCCAGGUGGCAAUGGGGGCGCCGGUAUCCACAAUGGCGGAGGCUUCCCUCCAGGUCCAGGUAUCUACAAUGGCGGAGGAGGGAUUCCUGCAGGUCCAGAUGGCUACAAUGGUGGUGGCGCUAGCUCUAAUGCCGUCGCCAAUGCAAAUGCGAGUGCUGGUGGUGGUGGUGGUGUUGGUGGUGCUUCAGCAAACGCUAGUUCUAGUGCGAAUGCCAAAGCCGGUGGUGGCAAUGCGAGUGCCUCUUCCAGUGCUAAUGCUAGCGCCGGCCAAUUACCUUAUGGUAGAAAAUAAUUUGCUAAAAUUUUAGUGCAACACACAUCACUCAUGUCGAACUGCCCACAAAUAUCUAACCUAAUGUGAUUUAUGUAUAAAUUUUAAGGUAAACAAAUGUUGAAGUAAAAAAAUAAAU